AUGAAGCCACUGCCGUCAGAGUGGGCGGUGCGAAUGCCUGUGGUCCCGGCACUCCGGAACCGCCGCUGGUCGGCCCGCUCCGCGCUGCAUCCGGGAGUUGCGCCUCUCGCCUUCCGCUCGGCCACCCGCCGCUCGCCGCCUCAGAGUCCCGACGCCGCAGCUCGGAGCCGUGGAUCCGCCGUCCGGACGAUGGCCAGCGGGAAGCUGCUGCGUUUCCAAUUCCCCGAGCACGAAGGCGUCACCCUGCAGCGGAUGAACCAGCUGCGGAUGGAGGAGUGGUUUUGCGACGUGACCAUCGUGGUGGGCGGCCUGCGUUUCCCGGGGCACCGCGUGGUGCUAGCGGCCUGCUCUCCGUUCCUGCGGGACCGCUUCCACAUGGACCCGUCGCGGGAGGUGCAGGUGUGUCCCAUGGCCGGCGCCGAGGUGGUGCUGCGGCUGCUCCUGUCCUGUUACACCGGCUCGCUGGAGUUCCCAUUCCGCGACAUCGUGGACUACCUGGCGGCAGCCAGCUGCCUGCAGAUGGAGCACGUGGUGGAGAAGUGCCGCCAGUCCCUCUCGCCCUGUGUGGCCUCCGUGCUUACCGAGGAGGGCGACGGGCGCCCUUCCACCCCACAGAUCGCCUCCUCCUCCUCGGGCCGGGUGCCGGACGCGUGGCCGGGGCCCGAGGGCGGCGUGAAGCAGGAGAACGGGAGGCCGGGCUGCGGCCAGACACCGCAGGACGCUCCCUCGGAGCCCGAGCCCCGGAUCCACUCCACAAUGGGACCGGCUGGGGCCGGAGGAGGAGGAGGAGGGAUGCACGAGGACGAGUCAUCGGCCGGCCCCACUGAUGACCUCCCAGAGGAGGACUAUGGGAGCCCAUCCAGCGAGGGGCUGCAGCGAGGGGGUGAGGAAACAGCUCCGCCUCGGCCACCCAGCCCCGAGGGCCCCGGGGCCGAACAGGCCCGCUGCUCCGAGUGUGGGGCCGCCUUCGAGCAGCGGGAGCAGCUGGCCGCCCACAUGGUGAAGCACCGGCUCUACUUGUGCCUCCUGUGCGACAAGGUCUUCAGGAAGAACGCGCGCCUGGCGCAGCACAUCAACGUUCACACCGGCUUCAAGCCGCACUGCUGCACCGUCUGCGGCCGCACCUUCACACAGAAACGCUCGCUGAAAGACCACAUGAACCUGCACAAUGGCGACGCGCCCCACUGCUGCAACUACUGUGACAUGCGUUUCACCCACUACAACACCCUGCGUGUCCACCUGCGCGACCAGCACGGCAAGACCACCACCAGCAACUCAAGCGGCAGCCGGCUGGCCGAGAUCAAGGUGGUGGUGCCCUAGGGCAGGUGGGUGAGCGAGGCUUGGGGGCGAUCAGUCUCGCUCGCCCAGACACCACCACGGACACGUACUACCCACCCCGCGAGUUCUUCACCGACGUUCUAGACUCUCUCCCUCCUGAAUGAUAACUGGAUUGGAACAGUACCACACAGGAACAGGCCCUUCAGCCCACUAUUGUGUGCCAGCUAAACUAAUCCCUUUUGCCUACACAAUGUCCAUAUUCUUCCAUUUUCCUCACAUUCAUGUGCCCAUCUAAAACUCUCUAACAGACUUGUCUCUCCCACCACCCCAGGCAGGGCAUUCCAGGCACCUGGCACUCUCUCUGUAAAAAAAAGACACUUGCCCCUGACAUCUCCUUUGAAAUUACCCCCUCUCACCUUAAAAGUGGGGUCUGACCAGGGUUCCAUACAGCUGUGACAUUGCCUCUCGGUUCUUGAACUCAAUCCAUUGAUUGAUGAAGGCCAAUUUACCACAUGUCUUCUUAACCACAGAGUCAACCUGCGUAGCAGCUUUGAGCGUCCUGUGGACUUGGACCCCAAGAUCCCUCUGAUCCACCACAAGAGUUACUAUUAAUACUAUAUUCUGCCGUCAUAUUUGACCUACCAAAAUGAACCACCUCAAGCUUAUCUGGGUUGAACUCUAUCUGCCAUUUCUCAGCCCGGUUUUGUUUCCUAUCAAUGUCCCGCUGUAACCUCUGACAGCCCUCCACAUUAUCCACAACACCUCCAACCUUUGUGUCAUCAGCAAAUUUACUAACCCAUCCCUCCACUGCCUCAUCCAGGUCAUUUAUAAGAAUCAUGAAGAGUAAGAAACAUAGAAACAUAGAAAAUAGGUGCAGGAGUAAGCCAUUCAGCCCUUCGAGCCAGCACUGCCAUUCUGUAUGAUCAUGGCUGAUCAUCCAACUCAUAACCCUGUACCUGCUUUCUCUCCAUACCCCCGAUCCCUUUAGCCACAAGAGCCAUAUCUAAGUUCCUCUUAAAUAUAGCCAAUGAACCGGCCUCAACUGUUUCCUGUGGCAGAGAAUUCCACAGAUCCACACAUCCUCUUUUUUAAUGUCCAUAUGCUCAAGCUUUUCAAGUCAUCCCUACAACCACCAAGUUCAUUUUUCAUAGUGAGUACUGAAGCAAAGUACCUCCAUUACCAAUUUUCCACUGUCACACUUGAUCGGUCCUAUUCUCUCAUGUUUUAUCCUCUUGCUUUUCACAUACUAGUUGAAUACCUUGGGGUUUUCCUUAAUCCUGCUCACCAAGGCCUUCUCAUGGCCCCAUCUCGCUCUCCUUCCUGCUAGCUUUAUAAUUUUCCAGAUCUCUAUCAUUACCUAGUUUUUUUUUAACCUUUUCUUCUUUACUAGAUUUUCAACAUCUUGUUACACUGUGGUUCCUGUACCCUACCAUUCUUUCCCUGUCUCAUUGGAACAUACCUAUGCAGAACUCCACGCUAAUAUCCCCUGAAUAUUUGCCACAUUUCUGCCAUACGUUUCCCUGAGAACAUCUGUUCCCAAUUUAUGCUUCCAAGUUCCUACCUGAUAACUUUAUAUUUCCUCUUACUCCAAUUAAAUGUUUUCCUAAUUUGUCUGCUCCUAUCCCUCUCCAGUGCUAUGGUAAAGAAGAUAUAAUUGUGAUCACUGUCUCCAAAAUGCUCUCCCACCGAGAGACCUGACACCUGACCAGGUUAAGUACAGCCUCUCCUCUUACCUACAUAUUAUGUAAGGAAACCUUCCUGAACACACUUAACAAACUCCACCCCAUCUAAAACCCUUGCUCUAGGGAGAUGCCAAUCAAUAUAGGGGAAAUCUCCCACCACGACAACCAUGUUAGAUUGCAUCUUUCUAGAAUCUGCCUCCCUAUCUGCUCCUCGAUGUCCUUGUUAUAUGUGGUCUAUAAAAAUACCCAGUAGAGUUAUUGACCCACAGCUGUUCCUAACUUCCACUCACAGAGACUCAGUAGUCAAUCCCUCCAUGACUUCCUCCUUUUCUGCAGCCGUGACUCUAUCUCUGAUCAGCAGUGCCUCGCCUUCAGCUCUUUUGCCUCCCUGAAAUUAAAGUCUGGCACACUAAGUAACCAUUCCUGUCCCUGAGCCAUCCAAGUCUCUGUAAUGGCCAUAUUAUCUUAGCUCGAAGUACUGAUCCACACUCUAAGCUUUAUUCAUGAUACUUCUUGCAUUCAGUCUGCAACCCUCAGUCUGAGCGUAUCCCUUCUCUCUCACCUGCCUAUUCUCUCUCCCACACUGUCUACAAGCCUUCUCGAUUUGUGAGCCAACCACCCCUUCCUCCGUCACCUCAGUUCUGUUCCCACCCCCCCAGUGAUUCUAAUUUGAACUCUCCCCAGUAGCCCUAGCAAACCUCCCUGCCAGGAUAUUGGUCCUCCAGGGAUUCAUGCAACCUAUCCUUUUUUUUUUAUAUAGGUCAUUCCUGACCUAAACAAGGUCCCAAUGAUCCAGAAAUUUGAAUCCCUACCCCCUGCUCCAAUCCCUCAGCCAUGCAUUUAUCCUCCAGCUCACUCUAUCCCUAUGCUCACUGUUGCUUGGCACAGGCAAUAAUCCGGAAAUUACUACCUUUUCAGGAACUCCUACCUAUGUCGUUAGUAGCAAUAUGUAUCACAAACUCUGACUGUUCACCCUCCCACUUCAGGAUGUUGUGGACGUGAUCAGAAAAGUCCCAGACUCUGGCACCUGGGAGAUAAACUACCAUCCACGUUUCUGUCCUGCGUCCACAGAAUCACCUGUCUGCCUCUA